AUGGCAGAGUCGCUGACGGAAGAGCAAAUAGCCCGUUUUCGGGAAGCCUUUGCGGUUUUUGAUAAAGAUGGAAAUGGCGAAAUCACGGCCGACGAGCUCAGGGAAGUCAUGCGCUCGUUAGGACAGAACCCGACCGAGUCUGAAUUGCAAGAUAUUGUAAAUGAAUUAGACGUUGAUCGCACGGGCACGAUCGAUUUUGACGAAUUUCUCACAAUGAUGGUCCACAAGGGCAAAGCCACGGACGAAGAGGCCGAGCUCCGCGCCGCUUUUGAAGUUUUCGAUCAAGAUGGCAGUGGUACGAUCAGCGCAGACGAGAUGCGCCGAGUGAUGAAAUCCAUCGGCGAAGAUUUGACCGAUGCUGAGAUUGAGGAGAUGAUUAAAGAAGCCGAUACAGAUGGAGAUGGAACCAUCGAUUAUCAGGAGUUUGUCCAUUUGAUGACCCACAACUGA